UUUCAGUUAACAUACAGUUCUAAACAUGACCCAUCCAUCCAGAAGCCAGCACGACUUGUGUUUGAUGUCAAACAGGAAGGAAAAGCUCGUAAACUGAUAACGGUCAGAUCAGCACUGAUUGUCAGAAAUGAACUUGACUCCAGCAUUGACCUUAAGAUGGCCACACACUCAGGCUUGGAAGGUAAAUUUAACAUCAUUGAAAUCCCAGCCAAUGGAACCUUACCACUUCCACUUCCAUAUGUGUCUUCCAUGCUCUAUGUUAGGCCAUCUGAUUGGCCGGUCAAGUAUUGCAAUCAACCAAUCCAAUGGCAGCAUGUUGGUUUGGCAGGGGAAGUCAAGGAGAGAAUAAUGAAAUGUGACUCUUCGGAAAGGAAUGGUGUUUAUAGAUUCUGUGUGUCAGUCAAGCGGGAGAACUACCCUGAGCAAUUACUGACAGAGGACUCGAGUUUGAUUCUACCAGGACACACAGUAUCCAUACGUCCACCUGUGAUCAUUCGUAACCUUCUGCCCAUAGAGCUGAGAUACUACAUCAAAGACACACAGAUCUGUGGAACAGUGAAGACAGGAGAGAAGGCCUACCUACAUGCUGCCGAUCCCCAGCAGGCGUUGGAGCUGGGACUGAAUCUGGAGAACUUCCCCACCUGUAAAGAGUUGGUGGUUCCCCCUGUCACCACCUGCCCCCAGUACCACAAGGUCAAGAUUCGUCUGUACGACACCAAGAAACGGCUGCUGGAGUUAGUCAUCAAAAUCAUCUUCAGGAAGGGAGGAUCUGUCUCUAUCCAUGUGACGGCCCCUUACUGGUUGGUCAACAAGUCAGGGCUCCCCCUGGUGUUCAAACAGGACUUCUCCCAGCAGGAUGCUGGUGGACAGUACGAGGAACAUGAACUGGCCCGCUCCGUCACCCCACUACUGUUCUGUUACGCCGAGAAGGACCUUCCCAAUCUAUGUACAAUGAGAGUAGGAAAGUCAGUGCAGGGUCCAGACAGUGUCCCUGUGUGGUGUAAGCGGUUCUCCCUGGAGAGUGGUACCGGCAUGAGGAGACUGAAUGUGGUUCCCAAGACUGGCAACCGCCCAGACUGGGUGUACAACAUUGGUAUAGGGGUUCACCAAGGGAAGGGACUCUAUGCUGACACAAACAUUGUGACCUUUGCCCCCUUGUAUGAAAUUGACAACCAAUCCAGUCACAAAUUAGCGAUCGCUCAGAGACAUCUUGCCCAGUCUGAAACAAUGAAGCUAGACACCUGUUUGAUUGCCCUUCCACAAUGUAAGCUUCCAUUUCAUUGGCCAAGACUUGACCUUGACCAGUUGUUAUGUGUAAAUCUAUUGGAUGUGGGAUCUUCCUCCUGGUCAGGUGGAUUCAGAAUUGACAAAACGGAUUCUUUCCACAUUAAUAUAAGGGAUGAUCAGAACGUGAGUCAUCUGCUGAAGGUGGAGAUAGUGAUGGAGGGACCCACCUACUUCAUUGUGUUUGGGGACGCAGGGGAAGUCCCCCCUCCCAUCAGAAUCGACAACUGGGCUGAAAUUCCUGUGGAAUAUUUCCAAAGUGACACAACAGAACAGAAGCUGAAAGCUUUUGUUCAGCCUGGGGUACAAUUACCUUAUGCCUGGGAUGAGCCAAUGUUGAGUCACUCCAUAACACUGAGAGUUAAGGGAGGAACUAGUGCCACCUACAAUAUGGACAAACUGGAGGAAAGGGAAGCAACUCUGUUAUCCUAACUUUAUUUACCUGGCGCAUCAGCUACC